AUGGAUAUAUCACAGCAUCCCCUGGUAGCGGGCUUGCUCACCUCACUCGCCUCUGCGACUAUCGCGCCUUCCGCCGCAACCCCGUAUUUAACCUCCUAUCCACAGCACACUUAUGCCGCGUUCUCGAACUCAACCUCGCAAGUCCCUUCUAAUGGCGAUGGCGACAACGAUGGCAACAUGGAAAGGUGGUCAUCGCUUAUCGGUAUUGUGACUGCUCUGAUCGGCAACGUGUUGAUCUCUAUGGCGCUCAAUAUCCAGCGUUAUGCGCACAUUCGGAUCGCACGAGAAUGGGAACAGAAUAAGAUCAAAAAGGAAGCUGGGCGAAGAAGGACACGGUCUGGAGCAUCCAGUGCGAAUCCGUAUGGGACCGUCAGUCGGGGCCGAUCGCAGGAACAGGAUCGGCACAAUGGACAUGGGGAAUUUGAGGCUUAUCGCGAUGACGAAGAUGCGCCUCCCAGGGGAAGACAUGGCACUCGGGACAGCGCGCGCGAUUCUUUUGCAUCCGAUAGCACCGAUCGCCCUGACGAGUCGGAUGCCCGGAAAUCUUACCUGCGGUCACCGUACUGGUGGGCUGGUAUUAUCCUCAUGGUUCUGGGUGAGACUGGAAACUUCCUUGCCUAUGGCUUUGCGCCAGCCUCGAUUGUGUCUCCACUGGGCGUCGUUGCCUUGAUUUCCAACUGCGUUAUCGCACCCUGUCUACUCAAGGAAAAGUUCCGACAGCGGGAUUUCUGGGGCGUGCUGGUAGCUAUUGCUGGAGCUGUGGUGGUUGUGCUCAGUGCCAGAUCUUCAGAGGAGAAAAUCGGCCCCGGUGAAAUCUGGACGAUGAUCACUCGUUGGGAGUUUGAGCUUUACCUGGGCUUGACGAUAAGCUUGAUUAUUGGUCUUAUGUGGGCCAGCUUCUCAUACGGCUCGCGCUCGAUUUUGAUCGACGUGGGGCUUGUGGCAUUAUUUGGUGGAUAUACAGCUCUGUCUACCAAGGGCGUCUCCUCAUUAUUGUCAUUCACGUUGUGGCAUGUCAUUACAUACCCAAUUACCUAUCUGCUCGUUUUCGUUCUUGUCUUCAGUGCCUUGAUGCAAAUCCGCUACAUCAACCGAGCCCUACAGCGCUUCGACUCUACUCAAGUGAUUCCAACCCAGUUCGUUCUGUUCACGCUCUCCGUGAUUGUCGGUAGCGCCGUUCUCUACCGUGAUUUCGAGUCCAUGUCGGCUGGCCGAGCAGGGAAAUUUGUGGGAGGAUGCGCCUUGACCUUCCUGGGUGUCUACUUCAUUACCAGCGGUCGUGUACGUUCUGACGACGAGUCCACCUUUUCUACAGACGAUGAAGAGGAAGCUAUCGGCUUGCUGGAUGGAGAGCGAUAUCGCGACAGAAUUGACUUGUCUCCACCCGCGCAACAAUUCCGAGCACCAAAAACACUUGCCAUCGAUCGCGAGGAAGAGGAUGCUGUUCUGUCCCCAACGGGUUCACUUACAAGCCGCGGUAUUGAUGGCAUCGAUGAUGAUCAGCUCACACCCCGAGGUGCCCUUUCCGGGGCCCCAUCUUCUCCAGCGGGCUCAUUGACCGCCGAGUUUCCUCCUUCGGGGCCAUCUCUGGAUCACCUAUCACCUCUACGACCACCUUCCCGUAUGUCUAACCCUUGGGCAGACUCUACCGAUGCACCCCUUGAAACCCCCAAAUCCGACCUCGAGACUUACUGUCAAACCACCCCACCUGGACCACAAGUUGAUGGUGACCACGUUCACAACACCGAUAGAAGCCACACGGUUCUGGAGACUCCUUCGCGACGAGCAAUGCGCAACUCUAUUUCCAACCGCUUUUCCCCUGGACCUCUCCUUCCUACUCUUUCUGGCGGAUUUAGCGCCGUCGUUGCGGAAUCUCUGCGUCGUGGUGAGGGUAGCCCAUUGAAAGAUCGUGCCCGACGAAAAGCGGGACGCCGCCGCCAACUCGAUGGUGCCUUUGACCAGGAGCCAGCUCGCUAUCAAGAUGGUGAUCUUGGAGUUGAUGGCCUCGAUCAUCCUCUGAACAUUGCCACCGCGCGGCUGCAAUCUGCCACCGGUCUGGCCGCACCGCCCGUGGAGGGUGGACGGUCAACUCCUGCUUUGGCUACGGAGAUCUCUGCCCCUUCAACUCGGAAAACAAAUGAGGAAGUCACUCGCCUACGCAGCUUCAGCGACUCGUGGAGUGGUGGGCUUGCAUGGCUGGGCGGUGCUCUGAGAUUGAAUCACCAAAAUCAACCCGUGGAUAGUGGUGCGGUAACGCAAGGUACCCCGACUCCGGAAGGCGAUCAGGCCAUUGGCGAGAGUGGUCAUAGCCACAAUGACGCUGGAAACACCGAGGCUGACUCUCGGUGA